AUGAAUGUAGGUGGACCAUGUUUUGGUUUGUUUGUCGACAUUUAUGAAACUCUUUACUGUUCAAUGUAUUAUGAUGAUCAAGUAGUAAAAAGAUCAGUAAAUGAUUCUCUGAUAACUGCGAACCUUGUUGCUGCUGGAACAGGCAAUUCAGGAUCAGCCUCAAAUGAACUUGCUGGUCCUGGUGGAAUUUCUGUUGAUAUAAACUUGGAUUUAUAUGUAACAGAUUGUCUAAAUGAUCGAGUUCAAUUGUUCCAGCCAGGAGAAUUUAAUGGCACCACAGUGGCUGGAAGUAAAUCACUAAAUCGAACAAUUACACUUAAGUGUCCCACUGGAAUUAUAUUAGAUGCUGAGAAAUAUUUAUUCAUUGUGGAUUAUGGCAAUGAUCGCGUUGUUGGUUCAAGCAUGAAUGGUUUUCGAUGUUUAGUUGGAUGUUAUGGAGUAGGCUCACAAUCCAAUCAAUUAAAUCGUCCAUUUAGUUUCAGUUUUGAUCGUUCUGGAAACAUAUUUGUUACUGAUACAAUAAACGAUCGAAUUCAAAAAUUUGAAUAUUUUGAAGAAUCGUGUGAUAAUUCAUUAGUUGUAGAAACUAUGUAUUCAUCAUCACUGACAUCAAAUAGUUCAAUUUAUUUUCAAGAUUGUUCAGAAUUAGAUUCCUAUUAUGAAGCGAUACAAAUGAAUGUCAGUAUAACGGGCUAUUAUACUUUUCUAAUCAACAGCGAGAUGAAAACCAUGUACGCUUAUAUCUACACAAAUAACUUCAAUCCAUUCAAUGUGUCCGAUAAUGUGCUGAGCGGUAGUGGAGACUCUGGUAAUCAAGGUCAAUUUAAAGUCACAGCUGUUCUUCAAGCCAACAUGAUAUAUGUUAUCGUUAUGACAACAUCUCCUCGGAAUUUAACAGAAAACUUUGCAAUUCAGGGAUCUGGUCGAAGCUAUGUCACUUUCAAUCGUAUUCGUGAGUAUCUAUAA